AUGUUGCCUUCACCGCAACCUGGUACCAAACACCUCCCAUUUCUCCUGGACUCUGAUGAGGACAGCGACUCACCUCCACAAAUAAUUGACAACAAGCAUCCAUGCCAAGGAAUCAGAAUCGACGUUCCUGAAGGGAGAAGCCCAUUUCUUGAGUGGCCAUGGAAAGAACAAGCGGAGUUAGCAAUGGCUUGGGACAUCCACACUAAAAAUGGUAUUCUUACCUUGCAUGCUCCCACUUGUCUACAGUUGACACUGUGGGUUAAUGAGCCAUGCCAAGAAUGCCAACUCCUCCAAAACAAUCAAAGACUUUGCCAUAUUCAGGACCGGAUCCACAGAGGCAUCCCCAAGACCACCCCAUAUAAGUACCUUGGGAUGUCUGGAUUAAUUGAAAUUCUCAGGUGGAAAGACCGUCAAAUUGACAGUCUCAAACUUAAAUGUCUUAACACCAAUCGGAAACUGGAUUUGCUCAUGACUUCAAACCUGGACUACAAAAGAUUCGUCAUGGCUGUGGGCGAGUGCAAUGUACCCCACUUGAAUCAACUUGUGUGGUCCACACUAUGA